UGAUAAUUUGUCAACAGCUCGUUCUAUUUUUGGUAUAACAUAUCCAAUUGCUCGUUCCUCGGCCUUGGUUUUACAUGUAGAUGCAGGCCUUAUACUAUUUCCAGUUUGUAGAAAUUUGAUUUCUUUAUUUCGUACAACUCCAUUAAAUGCCAUCAUACCAUUCGAUGAAAAUAUUGAGUUUCAUAAGGCCAUCGGCUGGUCAAUAUUAUUUUUCUCUUUGUUGCACACAUUUUCUCACUGGGCAAAUUUUGCUAGAUUGACUAUUGCUUUGAAUGAAGAUUUCCUCUAUUUUUUGAAAUUAAAUUUUUUAAGUGGUCCUGGCGCAACUGGUUAUGUUAUGUUGGUAUCUUUGCUUAUAAUGGUCAUUACAGCUACAGAUAAUCAGAGACAUAGAAAUUUUAAUAGAUUUUGGUAUUCGCAUCAUCUAUUUGUAGCUUUUUUUGGUGCAUGGGCAUUCCAUGGAGCAUUUUGUAUGAUAAAACCUGAUAGACCACCAUUUUGUAGUGAUAUUGCUGUAUUUUGGAAAUAUUGGAUAGCAUCUGAAUUUGUAGAUUAUGUCAAUUCAUUGCCUGAAACUCAAACAAAAGAAAAAUUUCGUUGGUAUUGGUCUGACUUCACAAAUCAAAAAGAUUUUGAUAAUGCGGUGUAUAUUGAUUGUAUAAACUUUUGGAAGAAAAUUUUAGACGAGUGUAGUAGAAGUAAAUGGCUAGGCGAAGAUGUUUUUUGCAUAGAAAUAAGCGACUCCACCAAAAAAAUAUUUGCAAGUUAUAAUGGACAUGAACCUAUUGGGAUUCAAUGUGUUAUUAAAGAAAUGUAUUUAGAAUCAGAAUUGAUGCCUCUUAAAGAGUAUUGUUCAACUUUUAUUUCACAGGGUUGGUUAAGUUGGAUAUACACUAGGUUAGUAUCACAACCAAUAGCAUGGACAUUUCAAAAUUUAACAGGAUCAGAGCCUGUUAAUAUUAUUUCAGGAAAAUGGGUGAAAAUGGAUAAAUUGAAAGAAUCAUCAACUAAAAUUAUCCAACUUCAUGAAAAAAUUGCACUAAAUCAGAUUUCUGAUAAUCUUUAUACACUUGCUACAUUUAAGUCAGAGUUUGCAACUAAAAUAAUUCCUGGUUCAGUGCUUACAGAUACUGACAUAAAAGUGUUAAUCACUUAUUUAGAAUAUGAUCGUAAAGUCAUUGUAACAAAAAAUUUGAGUAAUGAAUCUCUUCACAAACAUGAUAGCAAUCCUGAUGAUUUGGUGAUCAAGUUUUGUUUGAAAAAAAAUAAUAAUAAAUUAAAACUUGAAAUUACGGAAUUGGAUUGUAAUAUUAUUACAAUAAAAGAAACAUCACGGAAACUACUCGAACAAAUUCAAGAUAUAGAAACUCGAAUCAAAGAGUUAAAGACAGCCGCUAGUAAAUACAUUUCUCUUAAACAGAAAGCACUAGCAAUGAGAGAUUUGCGAAAAAAACUACUACUUGAUAAAAUUUUAGUUAAAAGAAUAAAUUCCUUGGAAACAGUUGAAACAAUCCUAUUAAAAAUUCAAGAAGCUGUAUCUGAUGCAGAGAUAAUUGAAGGUUAUAAAGCUGGGGCUGAUGCAUUGCAAAAUACAUUGGCCAUAAGUGGUCUAAGUAUUGAUAAAGUAGAUGAAACAAUGGAUCAUCUACAAGAAGUUCUUGCAGAUCAAAAGGAAAUUGAUGAUGCUAUGAAAUCAGGACAGGAUUCAAUACUUGAUGCAGCAUUAAAUAAUGAUGUUGACGAUGAAUUAGAAAAAGAAUUAGAGGAUUUACUAGCUGCAGAAGAAGAAAGAAGGGCGCUGAAAGAAGAAGUGAAGCAACCAAUAAAAGUAAAAGAUCAAGAAUUAGAAUCAUUAGAAACAAAAUUACAUGACUUGGAGGUUGAAUCACCACCUAUACCAGAUAAAAAUCCCAAUUAUAUUACACCUUCCUCUUCUUCAUCAUCACACAAAAAUAAACAAGCAAUUUUGUCAGAACUAUAA